AUGUUCAACGUGGUUGGCCAAUGUCCCACUGAUGUGCCUAUUAAAUCACCAUGUAGAUACCGUGGUGGACCAACAUAUUGCGACAUUGGCUGCGAAGGUAGCGAUAACUUUGACAUUAAGGCCGUAUUCACAGACCUGAGCCGUAGGCUACCGGCCGAUAGGAAAUCAUUUAGAUAUAUGUAUUUAUAUAACACUGCAAUAGAGGAAUUGCCGGCCAAUGCGUUCGCUGGCAUUCAAUUCAACAUCAUUUACACCAAUUAUGCGAAUCAAUUGAAACGCAUAAACGUCGCCGCGUUUGACGGAACGGCCGCAACACUGACUGAGGUUUAUAUUCUCAAUUCUCUAGUGUCUGAGUCGGUCACAAACGACUCCGACUUAUUCGGCGCUAUCGACACUUUAAAAGGGUUGGAAUACCUGUAUCUGAAGAAUACAAACGUACAAUCGCUGCCAUCAUUGUGUUUAUCGGAACGGGUGUCCGAACACGCCUUCACUGUCGGCCACAACAGCACUGAACAGAGUUUGGAAAUUAAUUUUGAGUCUCAACUCAAGGAUCCGUUCGACAGCCGGGCGUUUGAGUCGAUCGGAUGCGCGACUACUAUAAGGUUGGGAAAUAAUUCAAUGAAAUAUUUGGAUUCCAAUGAAUUUAAUGUGUUUUUGAGUCAAAACCCAAUGAAUACAGUGUUUGAUGAGAGCAUCGAUUGCGCCGAUAGUCGUAAUCAAUGGAUUCAAGAGAAAUACCCUAAAGUUUGGCGCGACUUGAAGUGCAAAUAA